CACUGGCUUGCAUAAGAUAUGAACAUGAAAAGGAAAGUAAAAACAAAUCAAAACCAUGAAAUACUUCUUAUUCACUGAAAUGGGAUUGCAUAUAAUUAUUAUAAAGAAAGUAAAAGUAAAAAGAAGUUCAAAACCAUGAAAUACUUCCUAUUUGGUGCAUCAUUUAGUUAUUAUAACAGAUUUUAACCUGCUUAGGCCAGCUUUUCAUAAGGAAGAUAAACUAUUUCGAUCAAAUAUCAGCUUAUCAUCUAAUCUUCAUAAUCACAUAAUGAUAUAAAUUAUGACAAAACUUUCUGUGUCUAAUAAUGAAUAUAUUCAUUUGUACACAUGAAGUCACUAGUGAUUGAUGACAGAGUUCAAUAAAAAAAUAAAAUAACAAGAAGUGUUAUGAACUAGUGUUUAAAUGGAAUAGAUUUUUGGCCAAAAAAAUAAAUGUUUGAACAACAAUUUAUGUGAAGAUUUAUGAAGAUAAUUAUGUGUUUCAAAAAAGUAAUAGGAAAUAGACCAUGGUAAAUUACACAAUAAACAACGCCACCAUGUAUGAUGAAACUGAGCCACUUGUUCAAAAAUCAGAAAAAAUCUUCAAUCCAGCAAAAACAAGACCACCAAUGAAGUACGCCAUCAUUAUUCCUGCCAUCGUGUUCACAGUUCUCGGUGUUCAGAUUCAUCUGUACGUAGUCAAUGAGUGGACGCAGUACGUCAUACGGAACAGUGAAUUCCCGAACCUUACGGCAGUGGCAAACUUUACAGCAUGCAGUGACACUGAAUCGAACCACACUAACAGUGAAUAUAGUCAAUACAAGACUGUUCAACAGAAGUCAGCAGAAUGGAUCACAUUUUAUAACAUCGCGCUUCAUGUGCCAGCACUUUUCUCGUGCUUCCUUUUCACAAGUUUAACAGACGCCCAUGGACGAAGAUUUCUAUUUAUUUUGGCAUCGUUUGGACUUUGUUGUCGAAGUUCAUUAAUGGCAGCUAUAAUCUACUUUAAGCUUUCCUUUUCCUACGUUGUCAGUAUUUACGCCCUCGAUGGAGUCCUUGGGAGCAGUUAUGCUAUAUACGCCAUGGCGUAUUCCUAUGUUGCAGAUCUUACAACCAGAGACAACCAGAGAGUGCUUUAUAUAGUGUUUAUCCAAUUUACAAUAGUCGCAACAACCAUGUUAUCAAGUUUUUUAUCCGGAAGUUUGAUUGAAGACUGGAACCUUGGGUACUUCUACACAGACCUGAUUUCAGUUUUUAUCGGAUUUAUUGGGUUUUUCAUGUUUGCCUUUGCUGUUCCAGAGAGCUUAACAGACAAAAGCAUGAUAACCAACAGACCAUUCUGUACCAUGUUCAAAAGACCCUUGCAAUUUUACUGCAGUCAAAAGUUCAAGGAAACGCGAUUAUGCUAUGUACUUUUACUAGCAUCCUUUGCUUUUGCAGAAAUAAGUGGACUUAAUCGAUCAUCUAUUGAAACUCUGUACUUUCUAGGUCAACCAUUCUGCUGGGGUCCGAAAGCCAUCGGGUACUUUCAAACUACAAGACAUGCCAUACAAGGAUUCCUGGGACUUGGCUCAGUAAAACUGUUCCAAAAAUGCAUAUCUAAUGAAUUUAUUGCAAUAUUAAGUACACUGUCAAAUGCUAGCUCUUUUGUAUUAGAAGCUUACGCCAAAGACUAUAUUAUAUUUAUUGUACCUGUGGUAGGAAUAUUCGGUUUUCUACUCUCACCGCUUAUACGCGCAAUGAUGUCAAAUAUAACAUCACCAGAGAAACAAGGUGCUGUAUUCGCAGGAAUUGCCGCUGUUGAAGUGUUAAGCUCCAUAAUAACGCUCAUUGCCGAGAACGCCGUCUAUGCCUGGACACUUAGCCAAAUGAACGGAUUUGUUUUCCUUAUUAUGGCAGCAUUUUGUGUGAUAGACUUGACUUUACUGCUGUGUUUCUGUUAUGUGAAGCCAUACAAAUCUUUAGGGACAGAGGUUUUGAUACAAGAAAGUUCUAGAGUCAUCAGAACUAAAUGGGAAAAAUCAAAAUCAGAGUGGUUCUGAACAUGAUAACAGUUUUCUUCUUUUGUUUAAUAUUAAAUGACCAG